AUGGUUCAACUCUCACGAUACAACAUAGCCGUCUCACUCGCAGUGUGCCUUGGAGGAAUCACCUAUGGCUUCGCAUUCGCUGUCUUUCCGGCCGUACUGGGGCAACCUGGAUUUUACAGCUAUUUCAAUCUCGAUCCUAAUUCCGAACACACCGCAAGCAUCCAAGGCGCAGUGAAUGCUCUGUUCUCUACCGGGGCCUCGUUUGGCGCCUUGGUCCAAGCCCCUCUGGCAGACUGGCUCGGAAGAAGACAUGCUAUGCUCACUGGAGCCAUAUUCGCUGCAGUGGGCGGCGCGUUGGCGUCAGGAAGUAUUCACUUGGCCAUGCUGAUUAUCGCUCGCUUCCUUCAAGGAUUCGGUUUCUUUGGCAAUCGCCGUUGGAACCUACAAAUCAACGAACCCCAGCGUCCAGUGGCGUCUACCAUUAGCAUUGGCCUGCAAAGUCCACGAUACCUGAUCUGGGCCGGAAAGACUGAAGAUGCUUGGGACGUGCUUCGAAGGCUACAUCGCGAUCCAGCGGACGACACGGACAAGGAAGCGCAAGAAGAAUAUUUCCAGAUAAUCGCUCAGGUCGCGCUCGAAAAGCAACAGGACACAUCAUAUGCGAAUCUGCCCCGGCAACCAUCGUUGCGAAAACGCUGCAUCAUCGUCAUCCUCUUGGGUUUUGCCACCCAAUCCACCGGAGCAAUCCCUAUAUUCAACAGUCUAGGCGUCAUCGGUGUGCAGCCCCUCGUGUAUCUUGUGAUAUACAGUGUUUGCGGCAACACGUCAGCAUGGGUCAACGCCUUCGUUGUGGACCGUGUUGGCCGGAGACGUAUGCUUCUCCUUGGAUUCCCUGCGGUCGCUGUCGUGCUCUUGAUCGAGGGCGUUUUGCAAUCACAAUACCUGGGAAGCUCUAAUCAUCCUGGCCAGGUGGCGUGCUUGGUCUUCAUUUUUCUCUUCAUCGUGUGCUACCAAAUCAGCGAAGCUCCCAUCUUCAUCUGGGCCGCGGAAGUGUUCCCCAUCGCCUACCGAUCCACGGGCAUUGGCCUCAACUUCUUCGGCUACUCUGUGGGUGCGAUUGUUUGGACGGCUCCCGCCGGGCUUGCUUUCAAAGAAAUUCAUUCUAGUGCCAGCCCUGGACAAGACUCUGUACCUCAAGAUGUUACUCCUCCGCAGAGCUGGGAGGCGAGUGGCUUCGAAUCCACAAUUGACGACAGUAUGCCAACGCAGAACGACACCACGGCCACCACCGCAGAGCUCUACGUAGAUAUAGGAGAGUCCGCAUUACUAUCGGACGCAAUGCUGCCGACGCACAAUAUUUUCGGGCAGAUACGUGGAUUUGUUGAGACGGCCGACCCUCAGCGAAGAUAUGCAUGGGAGCAUCUCGGGGUCUCCUUCGAAAUAUACAAGUGUCUCAUUGAGUUGUACUUCGAGAACAUGUCGACCUUCUCGCUAUUUCAUAAGCCAACGUUCAUGACCAUGAUCCAUGACCACGAGCCGCAAGUCGAGACGGCAGCUUUGACUGCCGCCAUGUUCAUCUUCGCCAGGCGAUUCUGGGACGAAGGUUCCAGAACACACAGCCCUGCGUUACUUGACAGUGGCAUUGCAACGGUGCCCACCACCGCGGCAUUCCAUGGGAUGGCCCGACGGCUGGCUACAGACUGUCUAGCUAAACACGAGUCGGAACCCCCGCCUCUGUGUAUUCUGCAAGCACUCAUUCUCAUUGCAUUCCAUGAACUCGCUCGAGAUGUCCGUGGCGUGGCCUGGAGAUCGCUUGGAGAAUGUGUGCGACUCACAUACGAGAUGGAACUGCAUCUCCUCGAUGCCUACAAGGCCAAUCACGAAGCUGCUACGAGAGAAGACCUUUCCCUCCAAAUGAUCCUCGAUGAGGAGCGAAGAAGAGCUUUUUGGGCUGUUUGGGAACUCGAUGUCUUCGGAAGUACGGUCCGGCGGAUGCCCAAUGGCUUGGAUGCGACUCACGUACAGACACUGCUACCAAUCUCGGAUGGCGCAUGGUUCUCCAGCAGAGCCGAGGAGAGUUGUCACCUGAGCCUCGAACCUUGCGAAUGCAUCAGGUUGCUGGAGCAAUCGGGCAAUUCUUCUGGAAGGCCUGGUACAUCGUAUUGA